GUAGAUGGCGUAAAUAUUUCUCGAAGCCGGUACGGUGCUGCAUGAUACGCGCUCAGAUAUUCGUCAAUUCCAGCCGAGUAUUGCAUGAGAGUAAUCUAACCUAGCAACUCCAAUGUUUCGGGUGGCCAGGAUGACCUCAGAGCAGUCUGUGCGGAGGCUUCGUCAGCUGCACGGUCUUCUACAAGGAAAUCAACAGCAGGGGGCGCUUGUCAUCCCUAAUCUCAGAUGUAGGGCCGUCUACUCAACAGAUGGAAAGUCUGUAUCAUUAGGAGGGGUUACCAAGACGAUCAAAGAACCAGCAAGAAGAGAACUGGUACCUCACAAAUACUUGCCAGAGAACGUCCCUCAGUCAGUACUAAGACAUCUACGAUGGAUCAUGCAGAAGGAUUCAUUAGGUCAGGAUGUUUUUCUUAUAGGAGCCCCCGGACCACUACGUAGAGCUAUUGCUAUGCAGUAUUUGGAACUGACGAAGCGAGAAGUGGAGUACAUGGCCCUGUCUAGAGAUACCACAGAAUCAGACUUGAAACAAAGAAGAGAAAUCAAAUCAAGUACAGCAUUUUACAUUGAUCAGUGUGCCGUACGAGCAGCUACAGAGGGCAGGGUAUUGAUUUUAGAAGGCAUUGAGAAGGCAGAGAGGAACGUGUUACCAGUCUUAAACAACCUGUUGGAGAACAGAGAGAUGCAGCUGGAGGAUGGUCGGUUUCUGGUUGCCAGUGAACGCUACGAUAAGCUGCUGAAGGACCACACAAAAGAAGAACUAGAAAGAUGGAAGUUAGUGAGAGUGAAUGAGGACUUCCGUGUGAUUGCACUAGGCUUGCCAGUCCCCAAGUACCGGGGGAAUCCCCUAGACCCGCCCCUUCGGUCUCGCUUCCAAGCAAGAGAUGUCAACCCACUUGCAUUCAGGGACCAUUUACAAGCAUUAUCAGAAGAGGGGAGUGCCGUUCCUUCAGAAAGACUGUCACAACUAUUAUCUUUUGCAACAACGCUGAGAUCAGAAGAGAUUGCUUCUUUGGGUUUGCCUGACUUCCCUCUGGAUAAUCUCUCAAAUAUUGUUAAAAUUCUGAAUGAAGUACCUUCCGCAUCUGUUCACGGGUUGAUACACCAGCUCUACCCGUACGAGGUCUUCCUAAGCAAAGAGGGUCAGGAAUCGGUUCUAGAUGCCUUGGAGAAAUUUGAGUUGAAGCCAGAGAAGUUCGAGAAGCCACCCAGCCAGAGGAUAGCAGGUAUCCAUUCAACCAAUCAGAGCGGAGCAUUCAGUGCUACGGUCAAUGUUGAGGUCGAGGGUCAACUUAGUCAGAUACAGGUACCAUCUGGCAUCAACACUAAAGAGCAAAGUGAUGCUCUACAUAAAUACAUCUCCACAGCAACCCAUGAUGGUCUGCUAGCUGAUAUGUUCAUGUCACAUUCUGUAGGAGACUUCUGCUUGGUUGGUCCCAAGGGAUGUGGAAAGAGUGUCUUGGCAAAAGAGUUCGCAGAGAACCUUGGCUACAACUCCGAGAUUGUCAUGCUGUAUCAGGACAUGACCUCGCGUGACCUACUACAGCAGCGAAUCACAGAGGUGAAUGGUGACACGGCCUGGAGACUAUCACCUCUAGUCAAGGCAGCACUAGAGGGCAGUAUAGCACUUCUGGAUGGGUUGCAUAGAGUGAACCCCAGUACAUUAACUGUGCUCCAUAGGUUGGUCCACGAUAGAGAGGUGACCCUUUUUGAUGGCACAAGACUACUUCGUCAUGAUAGAUAUGAGCAGGUGAAACAGGAUACCAGUCUUUCAGAUGCCGAGCUAGCAGAAAAAUCCAUCAUGAGGAUACAUCCAUCGUUCCGCAUCAUUGCCUUGGCAGAGCCCCCUCAGGUCGGAAGCAGCAGCCAGCAAUGGCUUAACCCAGAGCUUCUCACUCUAUUCAUGUAUCACCAUAUUAAACCACUGAGUAUGGCUGCAGAAAUGACAGUUAUACAAGGAAUGGUACCUAACGCUCCUACAGAUAGUCUUGACUCCAUACUCAAGCUGACUCACAGAUUAAGACAUGCUGCAGAUCCUAAUUUGAAAUCCGUAGCGUCUUCUCUGUCAACGCGCAACCUGAUCCGUAUAGCUCAACGCCUAGCCCACUAUCAGGACCAAGGGCUACAUGAUGCUGUACACAAAGCUUGUCUAUCAAGAUUCCUGCCCUCUCUUGCCCGCCAGUCCCUGGAAUCAGCCCUAGAGGAUGCUGGGAUAGUACCCCCAGCGAAGGAAUCACACAGCUUUGAAGACAUAGAGAAAGCUACUUCAAGCGAGGUCAAAGACAACGUAUUACGCAUCGGUAGGACAGAGAUGGCGCUGUACAACCCAGAGAAUCGUAUGAUGGUACCUGAUACACUCUUCUAUGAGAAUCCACAGCAUCUAGCCAUCAUGGAGGACAUGCUGAAAGACUUCACUCUAGGAGAGCAUCUCUUGUUGGUGGGUAACCAGGGUGUCGGCAAGAAUAAACUGGUAGACAGAUUCCUACAUCUACUCAACAGACCUAGGCAGUAUAUACAACUACACAGAGACACGACGGUUCAGACUUUAACACUCCAGCCCAAUGUACAAGAUGGUGUCAUAGUGUAUGAAGAUUCCCCUCUGGUGAAGGCAGUGAAAGACGGCCACAUAUUGGUGGUUGAUGAAGCUGACAAGGCCCCUACCCAUGUGACCUGCGUUCUCAAAGCACUUGUAGAGAGCGGUGAGAUGAUGCUAGCCGAUGGAAGACGUAUCGUCUCAGCCCAAUCUGGUAUGCAGCCAUCUGAUGACAUCAUCAUCACUCAUCCUGAUUUCAGUAUGAUGGUUCUAGCAAACCGACCUGGCUUCCCGUUUCUUGGCAACGACUUCUUUGGAUCAUUAGGUGAUAUAUUCAGCUGCCACGCCAUAGACAACCCUGACAUAGAAUCAGAGAUGGCCAUGCUACAGCGCUAUGGUCCUGACGUACCUAAGCCUAUCCUACGUAAGCUAGUCCUGGCCUUCAGUGAGCUUAGGUCCCUUGCGGACCAGGGUCUCAUUGCUUACCCCUACUCAACCAGAGAGGUUGUCAACAUGGUCAAACAUCUACAGAGGUAUCCAGAUGAAGGGCUCCCUCAGGUGGUGAAGAAUGUCUUCGAUUUUGAUGCUUACAAUAACGAGAUCAGGGAACAGGUGGUUGAGACGCUUCACAAACAUGGCAUUCCUAUAGGAGCAAGUAUAGCCAAUGUGCAACUAGCCAAAGAGUUUCCGUUGCCACCAGCCAGCCUGACAGGGAGAUGGUUGUUUGGUGAUAGAGGAGCAAGCAAGAGGAAGAUGGUUUGUCCGGUCGAUGAGAAGAAACUACGAGUCAAGGGCCCAGCACAUAUCCAAGUAAGGGAGCACAAGCUGGAUAGAGUUGAUUCUCGGUCUUCUAGCUUCAAUGAGCAGAUGGCAUCAUGGCAGCUACCCAUGAAUGAGACGAACAUACCGACCGAUGUGGCUGUUACCAAAGAUAAGACAUCAGAGAUGGUCCAUGUCUGUGUAGGGAACCCCAUUAGUCUGUACAGCAUGAAGCCUCUGGGCCAAUCCAUCCAGUUCCUAGACCUGUAUGAUGUGUUCCCCUAUCUUGGAUACAGACCAGCUCAGCUAGCAGCCCUCGGGGGUCCACUUCAGGGCCAGGUCGUUCUCAAUGACCCUAAGUCCCAUACCAGUCUCCUGAUUGACCCCUCCGCUGGCUCCGUCUGGAGACUCUACACCUCAGGGCUCCUGGAGGAGACGGUGACCAACAUGAGACGGACCAUGACCAGUGGCAACCAGCAAGACCAGUAUAAGAUGUGCUCUGAGUUUGCUCAUGAAAACUGGCUGGUCUUCUACACAGAUGGAGGAUCCAAAGUGGAAUGGAUGGAUGUUUUGAAUGGUGAGGCUUAUACAGUCAAUCUACCCAUGAACAUCAAGUCUCUUCAGCUAGCUUCUCCUGAUGCCUGGCUGCUGGUAGAAGCCAAGACAGACAGGAAGUUCUUGAUGACCCGGCCUUCUCCUGAUGCCCCUGUCAGUCAGCUGCAUGCCAUCUUUGAUGCAAACCUGGAUGAUACAGUUUUCUUAGUUUCAGAUAGUGAUAACUCCCCCUCAUCAUCCAGUCUGCCCCUGAAGGUAUCUCACACAGGCUUGUCUAAGGCUCAUCUAAGCUCUGUCAUAGGAGAGAACAUGGAUGCUCCUAACCGACUGAUGGCUGAUCCUCAGAGCUAUGGAGCUGUGGCUGUAGGCUUCCCUGAUCUACAGUCUUCUGUAGAUGUAUACAGUGCACCACGCCCCCCUCCACCCCCAACCUAUCCCUCGGGCGCCCUCCGUGACCCCCUAGCAUCCCUGGUCAAGAAGACCAGUACAGCCCCCACCACCGGGGGUAGUCCAGUGGUUCUACCAGACUCCGCCCAGGUGGUCAGGGUUCUCAACAGCAAACAGGUCCCAAAGGAACUCUUCCCGAAUGAGAAAGUCCCUGGAUCUGGGGAGUUCCUAGAAAUAGCCGACAUGUCUUCACAAACUCUCAAGUAUAUCCCUAUUCCAAGUCCCACAGUGCAUCGCAACUACACUCCCUGGGUGUCUGACAGUAAGGUCCUAACAGCCCCCACACCAAGCGAGGGCGUAGUGACUGUCGACACAGGUGGUCAUGUGAGAUUGUGGGAGACGGGGCGCCCUCAACUGUCCAAGUCGCUCGCUGACUGGUAUAAAAUGAUCGGUACGGCCGAGGAUGCAAAACUACAAAUCACAUAUGACAAGGAUGAGGUCGGUGACCUUUCAGAGCCUAAGUUUGGUAAAAUUGAUCCAUCCAAUGACCCUCAUGUAGGGGGUAACCAGUGGGCUGGAGGCACAGGAGGACGAGACACGGCUGGUCUAGGUGGUAUAGGGGGACCUUUCAGAUUGGAUGCAGGUCAUGAUGUACAUCAGGUCACUCAAGCUGCGAAGGAUGCAGUACCUGAAGAGGUGAGGAGAGCCGCUAGAGAGAUGGGUCAGAAGGCAUACAAGGCCAAACUGAAGGAGAUUGAGAUGUCCGAGUACGAUGCAGAGACCUAUGAACGCUUCUCAGACGGCGUGAAGAGACAGGUCACAUCACUCAGGGUCAUCCUAGACAGUCUACAGGCCAAGAGCAAAGAGCGACAGUGGAUCAAGCAUCAGACGUCGGGAGAUCUAGAUGAAGUUAAAUUGAUUGAAGGAUUGACUGGAGAGAAGGCUAUCUACAAGAGGAGGGGUGAACAAGAUCCAGAGAUGGGAAGCCCACAGGAGCAUCCAAAGCGAUUAAAGCUUGUUGUAGAUGUGAGUGGUAGCAUGUACCGCUUCAACGGACAUGAUGGACGUCUAGACCGUACUCUGCAAGCUAUCUGUAUGGCCAUGGAAGCGUUCGAAGGCUAUGAAGAGAAGUUUGCAUAUGACAUUGUAGGUCACUCUGGAGAGACGUGUGAUGAGAUCUUCCUCAAAUCAGACAAGGUUCCAAAGAACAACAAUGAGAGACUCAAGGUUCUUAGGAACCUCCACGCUCAUGCUCAGUUCUGUCUGAGCGGUGACAACACCGUAGAGGCAGCCAAGACGGCCAUCGAAGACAUCACCAAGGAGGAGGCUGAUGAAUACUUUGUCAUCAUCCUGAGUGAUGCUAACCUAGAUCGGUAUGGCAUCAGUCCUAAGGUCCUGUCCCGUGUCAUGCAGCAAGACGAAGAUGUCAAUGCCUACGCCAUCUUUAUCGGGUCCAUCGGAGACCAGGCAGGGAGAUUGGUUCGUAACCUUCCAGCAGGGCAUGGGUUUGUGUGUAUGGACACCAAGACAAUCCCACAGAUUAUGCAACAGAUCUUCACAUCCACUAUGCUCAAAUAGGAUCUCCUAACCCGUUGAUAGACCUAUCAAGCCUAUGUCUUCAUCAUA